UGAACACACAGCAUUGAGGCAGUAUGGGGUUCAGUGUGCCGUUUUUCGUCCUCUUGUUAAUCUUGUGCUUCAGCCAGUUUGGAUGCACUCAAGCAAAGGCUGUAGUGAGAGUGAGUCCAGAUCAGCGAGUGUUCACUGGAGAGACCGUCACUCUCACAUGUGACAUACAGAUAGGAGGAAACAUUCAGUGGACAUACAGCUGGUUUAAAAAUGACGUAUUGAUUCCAAACAUCACUGAGAGAAUCUACAACAUCACUGCUGCAUCUGACGCUGGUAAAUACAGCUGUGAAGGAAAAGUCAGCAGUGAUGCUGUUUAUGUGACUGUAUCAGCUUUACCCACACCCACAGUGAAUGUGACACCAAACAGUGCUGUAUUCACUGGAGAUACAGUCAAUCUGACGUGUGUGAUUCAGUCUGAUCACAGUAACUGGACAUAUGAGUGGUAUAAAGACAACUUUUGGAACAAGUUAUGGUCAUAUUAUCGUUACACUGUAAACGGAGACACUCUCACUAUCAGAGGAGUUGACUGGUCUAAUCACGGUCAGUACUAUUGUAAAGGACUCAUAUAUGGAAGAUCAGUCUCAACACAAUCAUCUGCUUUUUAUCUCUCAGUGACACAUUUAACCACACCACUGGCUCCGACAUCGACUCAUCGACUCAGCACAUCACACUUUACCCAGACCUACAGUGACUGUGACACCAGCCAGUCCAUUCACUGGAGAGACAGUAAAUCUGAAGUGUGUGAUUGA